UAAUACCUCUGAAACUAUGCGCAAUCAAAGGUAGAAAAGCACUCUCGCCGAAAUUGACGGAAUCAUUUAGUCGUUUAUUGGGCGCCUAGUAGCACAGCAAUGGGAGAAGUUCCAAAAAUCAAGGACUUAUCACAAGUAGUCGAACGUCAUCUGCCACAAGGCUUUACCUUGGAGUCGUACGCUAGUCGUUACCUAACCAAGCCCGGAGACAACUAUGGCAGCAUUAUGUUGGCCGUGCAAGCGAAAAUCCGAAGUGCAGACGGUGCUUUUCGGGAAUUGCCGCUUAUAGCAAAGCUCCCGCCACUCACCAACGACCUUUAUUGGCAAAUCUUUCAGCCCGAACGCACCUGUAUUACGGAGAAUGCUGUUUAUCAGUACUUGUCACCUGAACUGGACAAGUUGCAGCUGGAGUCGGGCAUCCUGCCCGCAAAACUUUUUGACGGAUUCCCGCGAUACUUCGGCUCCCGCAUCUCGCUUGAUUCUCGGGCUUCGAAAGUGGAUCGGAAUGCCAUUUUAGUUCAAGAGAACGUCACUGUGCGCGGCUAUCAGCCGGGUAACAGACACCGCCCGUACAAUCUGGCUGAAACUGUACUCGUCCUGCACUACUUGGCUCAGUACCAUGCAUUGCCCAUCGCUUUGCGACUUAGGAAGCCGCAGGUGUACGAAAAAUACGUACGACCGUACUUCAAGAAGUUCGACAUGAACAGCAAUAUUGAUCCUGUCGAGAAAGAACUUAUGAACACUGAGAUUCUUAAGGACAUAAAAUUGGUGACUAGUGAUCAGCGAGAAGUGGAUCGUGUCAAGGAGCUGCUGGAUAUUUUUGAUGUCUUUCAAGCUAGCAAGGAUGUGGAAGAUGGGCCAUUCACUACCCUUGUUCAUGGAGAUCUUUGGAUCAACAAUAUGAUGCUUAAAUACGAUGAGGAAGGCACUCCAGUUAGUGUGAAAAUUGUUGACUUUCAAAUUGCGCAAUACGGAUCCUUGGUGCACGAUAUCAUCUUUUUGCUGUUCUCAAGUGUGGAUGUCACUGUUUUGGAAGAGAACUAUUACAAUUUCCUAACUAUUUACUACAAUGCCUUUAUUCAGACCUUGCGUGGCGUGAAUAUAGACACGAGCAACUAUACAUACGAGAUAUUUCUGGAAGAGGUUCAACGAACAGCGCACAUACAGAUACCACAUGCCAUCUUCAUGAUGAAGGUAAUCCUAGCUGAUAAUAGUACGCUUCCCGAAGAUUACAAAGACGUGGAUUUUACUGUGAUGACCAAGAACACUGGAGUAAAAACUAUUGUGACGAAAUUUGAGGCUAUCAUGCGACUGGGAAAGAAGUUUAAUAUAUUUUUCUGAGCUUUUUUCAUGCAAUAAACAUUUCACCAUA